UGCGUGCAUGCGGCGGGACUCCUUCUCCUACGCGGACUGGGCGUGCGCGAACUCCUUGUGCGCAGGCGAUGCGCGAUCGGCGACAGGGAUGCUGGGUGCGAGUCACGAUGGCGCGGGGUUGCAUGAAUGGACGUCGGCCUUCGUGCGAUGGUCCUGGGCGUCGCUGUUGGGAGCUGAACGGGCCUGGCUGGACGCG